UUGAAUUUUCAAAACUGUGAGGUCAAAAGCUAUGUCUAAACCGAUUUUUGAUGAUUUUAUAUAAAGAUGAGAUAACAUAGACCAACAUAGUACAGGGAACUAGUCAGUAGCUAGAAAUUCAGACCAACAUGAAGAUAGCUGUAUUCCUCGUAACCCUUCUUGGGUUAACAUAUGGAUCCACUGUCCAAAUGGAAGUUCUCGAUAAUUGGGAUGGAAGAAUCCACGCCAAGUUAUCCGUUCCUAUUACCGAGGAAACCAAUGGUUGGCAACUGAUGGUAGACUUUUCAGCCCCUGUUGGAAAAAUUGAUGAAUGGAUGGGAGAUUUUGUUGCCCAUUCAGCUGAUAAUAAAGUGUUCACCUUGGUCAAUAAACCCCACAACGGUAUACUUCAUCCUGGAGACACGCUGAAAGUAGAAAUGUUCAUCAAUUAUCCAGGAAGUACUCCUCCAACUGCGACAGCAGAGUUUUUAAAUCUUGGUAAAGACAGCUUUACGCCGCCUACAGCCAAACCUGACACUGACGGCACAUCGUAUGACUUGAAUGAAGUCCUCGAGAAGUCCAUACUGUUUUAUGAGGCCCAAAGAUCGGGCAAGCUCCCGCCGGAUAAUCGCAUUCCAUGGAGGGGUAACUCCGCCCUCAAUGACAGAGGUGAUAAUGGGGAGGACCUAACAGGGGGAUGGUACGAUGCCGGUGAUCACAUCAAGUUCAACUUUCCAAUGGCUUUCUCUGUGACGUCACUAGCGUGGGGUUUACUGGAGUUCAAGGACGCAUAUAGCGCCGCCGGAGAACUGGAACACAUGUACGACUCUAUAAAAUGGCCGCUCGACUACCUCAUGAGAUGUCACGUAUCACCAAACGUUUAUUAUGUACAAGUUGGUGAGGCUGGCAAAGACCACUCAUUUUGGGGACGGCCUGAGGACAUGACAAUGGAUAGACCAGCGUACAAAAUUGACGAAUCUCACCCUGGUAGCGAUGUUGCAGCAGAAACAGCUGCGGCAUUUGCAGCAAGUUCUAUGGUCUUCAAGAGCAAAAACGCAACUUACGCUGCCGAAUUAUUACGUCACGCGAAAGAACUGUUUGCAUUUGCUGAGGCUCAUCCUGGCAAGUACUCGGACAGUGUCCAAGCUGCAGCCGGAUUUUACAGAUCGUUUGAUGAAACUGAUGAAAUGUGUUGGGGAGGCGCUUGGAUGUAUCUUGCGACAAAAGACCCGCAUUACCUAACCGUUGCCGAAUCAUUUUAUACCACGGGAGCUGCUUGGGGUCAAUCGUGGGACGAGAAAAUCUCAGGAUGCAUGGUACUUUUGUAUAAAGUGACACAUAAGGACAUUUAUUUGAAAGACAUUGAAGCGACAUUCACGGACUGGAUGCCUGGUGGAUCUGUGCCAUACACGCCUAAAGGUCUGGCCUUCAGGAGUCAAUGGGGAAGUAACAGAUACGCUGCAAAUAUGGCACUUAUUGCCAUAAUGGCCUCGAUGCAAGGCAUUCAUCCUGACCAAUAUAGAAAGUGGGCGGAGUCCCAGAUUAAUUAUACAUUAGGAGACAGUGGGCGGAGCUUUGUCGUAGGAUUCGGAAAGAAUCCACCGCAGCAGCCCCAUCAUAGGGGAAGUUCGUGCCCAAUGAAGCCAGCUCCAUGCGCAUCAUUCCAAAUGAACCUGGACGCACCCAACCCACAUGUUCUGUACGGGGCGUUGGUCGGUGGCCCUGGUAAAAAUGAUGACUACAACGAUAAAAGAACUGACUAUGUGACAAACGAAGUGGCAUGCGAUUACAAUGCAGGGUUCCAGUCAGCCGUCGCAGGUUUAAAAGCGUUACAUAUGAGGGGAGAGAUGUCAAAAUAACAAAACAAAACAAAAAUAAUAAUAGAAAUAAUU